AUGUCACCACUAUUCACCAUUUUGAUCAGACCAGAGAAAAAAGCGGAACCACUAGAAGUCCUGAUAGAUUCAGGCGCCACCUCAUCUUUCCUCCACCCCUGCACCGCGGAACUACUUUGCCUCCCACUCAUUGAUCUUCCUACGCCCCGUACCGUUACUAUGCUUGAUGGGUCGAGCCCCCAGGCAGGCAAAAUCUGGAAGAAGGCAAUCCUGACCUUCUCCUUUGAUGGCAAGAAAAUGACAGAAACCUUCCUUAUAUGUAACACAGGUUCUCACGCUGCUAUCUUGGGAUUGAAAUGGUUGGAUGCCCACAACCCAGAAAUUGAUUGGAACAUGCGCACCCUUACCUUCCCUCAUUCACCACCAGAACACGUGGCCAUUGCCAAAGAAGAGGAAGCUGACAAAAACCCCCUUGAAGGAGUACCCCCAGAAUACCAUCAGUACGCCAAGGUAUUUGGGGAGGAAGAAUUCAACAAGCUUCCCCCACACCGGCAUUACGACAUUGGGAUUGAACUCACGGAGGAGGGCCCCCUUAACUCCCCCCUCUAUAGUAUGACUGAUGCCGAGUCCGCUACGCUCAAGGACUGGCUCAGGGACAAACUCAAAGCUGGGAAAAUUUGCCCCAGCAAGUCAUCCAUUAGCUCCCCCGUCAUGUUUGUUCCCAAAAAAGAUGGUUCCCGCCGCUUGGUUGUUGACUACCGUCGUCUCAACAACCGGACUAAGAAGAACGUCUACCCGCUACCCCGUCCUGACGACCUUAUGGCCCAACUCUGCGGCGCUAAGGUAUUCACCAAACUGGACCUAAGAUGGGGUUACAACAACGUCCGUGUCAAAGAAGGUGACAAAUGGAAAACCGCCUUCCAAACCAAGUACGGCCUUUACGAGUCCCUGGUAAUGACUUUUGGUUUAACAAAUGCCCCCGCUGCCUUCCAGCACUUCAUGAACGAACUGUUCAAGGACUUAUUGGAUGUAUGCGUCAUCAUCUACCUUGAUGACAUCCUCAUUUACUCUAAGGAUGACGCUUCUCACACCCAGCAUGUCCAUGAAGUCUUACAACGCCUUAUGGAAAAUCAACUAUUCUGUAAGGCCUUGAAGUGCACCUUCCACGUGACAUCUGUGGAAUACCUGGGGAUUAUAGUCUCGGAUAUAGGCUUUAGUCUGGAUAAGCUCAAAAUCCAGGCUGUCCAAGAAUGGCCUAUUCCUACCAAAGUCAAAGAGGUUCAGUCGUUCCUGGGAUUUGCCAACUUCCUCCGUCAAUUUGUUGCCAACUUCAGCCACAUGGCUAGGCCGUUACACAACCUAGUCAAGAAGGACACUCCUUGGAAAUGGGAAACAAAGGAACAAGAAGCUUUCCAAGGGUUGAAGGACGCAAUUACCAAUGCCCCUGUACUCUGCCACGCGGACCCUACCAAACCCUACUUCUUAGAAACAGACGCCUCAGGAGCUGCACUGGGGUCCAUACUGAGUCAACGCCAAGAAGACGGCCGAUUACACCCACUCGGUUUCCUGUCAGAAUUGUUUAAAGGAGCGGAGCAAAACUACAAUAUGCAUGACAAAGAGCUACUAGCAAUCAUCCGCUCUUUUGAGUACUGGCGCAUCUUUCUGGAAGGAACCCUGCAUCCUAUCACCGUGUUCACCGACCAUAGGAACUUGGAAUACUGGAAGGAAUCUAGGACAUUCAACCGCCGCCACGCACGUUGGCAUCUCCUCCUGGCAGGCUACAACUUCCAAAUUGUAUAUAGACCCGGGAAACAGUCAGGGAAGCCGGACGCCUUAUCACGACAAUCAGACCAUGCCAAUAUCCCACCGGAACCCCAGUCCAUGCUACCAGAAACCACAUUUGCCAACGUCGCCUUGGUAACCCCUGAGAAGGAGCUACAGCGCCAGAUUGAGGUAUCCCUUGAUCAGGAUGAAUCACUGGAGGAGAUCCUCCAAUUCCUCCAGAACAAAUCCAGGGCGCCCCCUUCCAUCAAACGGGCGUUCAAGGACUACAAAAUGGAAGCUGGCCUGUUGUUCUACCAGGGAAGGAUUGUGGUACCAGAUGUUGGGACCUUGCGGACAGACCUCCUACGCAUCUACCAUGAUAGCCCCUUGUCAGGACACCCAGGGAGACAAAGAACCCUGGAACUAAUCUCACGCGUCUACUAUUGGCCGGGUAUCCGGGCCGACACUUAUUGGCAUGUAGACUCCUGCGAGACCUGCCAGCGGAUAAGGAAACCAAAAUACUCCUCAAUUCCACCUCAGCCUCUAGAACUCCCAUCACGCCCGUGGCAACAUGUGUCAUACGACAUGAUAGUGGAUCUGCCCAAAGACGGAAGUAACAACUCUAUCCUGGUUAUUGUGGAUAGCUUUACCAAAUACGUAAUCCUGGUAGAGUGUUCCAAAAAGCUGAAAGCCCCGGAGCUAGCGGACCUAUUCCUGCGCCAUGUAUGGAAACGCUACGGCAUGCCCAAGAAGACAGUAUCAGACCGCGGACGGGUUUUCAAUAACAAAUUCCUGAAGGCCCUGUACCAACGCCUGGGAAUAGACCCCCACUUCUCUUUGGCCUACCAUCCUCAAAGUGACGGGCAGACGGAACGCGUGAAUCCCACGAUUGAACACUUCUUACGGGCCUACUCAGGGGUAAACCAGAAAGACUGGGUCAAGUGGUUACCAAUGGCGGAAUUUGCCUACAACAACGCGGUACAUAGCUCAACAGGCAAAUCCCCUUUUAAGGCACUAUACGGUUGGGAACCUUCCUUAACCCCGAGUAACGUCCCAACGGACAUCCCUGAGGCAGACAAUCUAGCAACCCAGAUAGAAGCACAAUGGCGGGAAAUAGAAGCGGCACUCCGGCAAUCAAAGAUGCGUAUGGUGGCCGGAGAAGUGGGAGAACCCCUUGAGUUUGAAAUUGGAGAAGAAGCCUGGCUAGACGCCAAAAACGUGAAGCUAAAGACCCUGAGUCCCAAGCUAACUGAACAACGCCUAGGCCCCUUCAAAGUAACCAAGAGAAUCUCCGACAGAGCAUAUCGCCUAGAACUUCCGCCAACCAUGAGAAUCCACAAUGUUUUCUACGUAGGACUGCUGUCAAAAGUCAAGAGGGACAAAAAGCGCAACUUUGAGAACCGGCCUCCACCUGUCACCGUGGAUGGAGAAGAAGAAUACGAGGUCAAAGGGAUCACAGACAUGGAAGAAAGGAACGGGAAGUGGUUUUUUAGGGUAAAAUGGAAAGGCUACGGAUCAGAGGAGAAUACCUGGGAACCAAGGGAGAACCUCAAAAACGCCGAAAAAAUCCUAGAAAAAUUUGAAAAAGAAAUGAAAAAGAAGGCCCUUGGCGCUGCCAAGGCCCUUAGAGGGGGGGCAGUGUCUUAG